UCUCCUCUCCGGCCGCCUCCUCGCUCUCCCUUCGUGCCCCCGCCUCCGCUGCAGUAGCGAUUAACGCGAGACCGAGGAUCGAGCGGGGCGACUAGGCCGCGUCUCUCUUCCGGGCCUCUAAGGGGCCGAUCCUCGGCUGAGUCUUCCCUUACCAACAUUGGAUGGUGCAUCACCUGUGACACUUCCUGAGAAAAUCUGACUUUUGCUUCUGUUAUUCGUGUUCUGGUUAUUCGUGUUCUGGAUCCGUCCUUGAAGCACCUUCUGGAAGGACGCACAAAGUCAACUACAGGAUGCUCUGCCUGCUUGCGAUUGUCUGCUGUUGAUAUCAGACACAUUUUGGAGUUGCUGUGCUGGCCCGCUCAGGAGGCCAGCGCUGUGAGCUUCCUCCCUCCAUCUUUGGAGUCAAGUGCCGGGAAUUCAGAUCUCCUUAAUAAUUUCCCUCUCCGCUGAGAAGCUGAAGCCCUUAUUGCGGAAACCCCGUUUUCUCUUCUCCAGCAUGUCGGAAAGCUGGCAGCAGCAGCCACCCCCUCCGCAACAACCACCACACCACGCCGGGACGGCUGUUCUCCCGGAGCAUCCCAUCCCGUCGAGUGCCGUAGGCGAGAAUCCCUUGGGCUGUGCCGUCUAUGGCAUCCUGCUCCAGCCAGAACCCAGCAACCUUCAGCACCACCCGCCCAUCCCCGCCAGUGGCGGUGAGCCCUCUGCCAAAUGUGGGGUGUGUGGUCAUGACUUGGCUCACCUCUCUAACCCCCAGGAGCACCAGUGCUUGCAAGGGGGCCAUGACCGGUCCUUCCAGUGCACCCAGUGCCUGAAGAUCUUCCACCAGGCCACGGACCUCUUGGAGCACCAGUGCCUGCAAGUGGAACAGAAGCCAUUUGUCUGCGGGGUCUGCAAGAUGGGCUUCUCCCUUCUCACGUCGCUGGCUCAGCACCACAACGUCCACAACGGCAAUGCCGCCGUCAAGUGCUCCAUCUGCGAAAAGACCUACAAGGCGGCAGCGGCCGUGGCGGCGGCACCUGAGGACCCUGCCCCUCCCCAGCAACCCGCGGCGCUCAACCGGGCCCCCGUCGAGAAGCCCUACAGCUGCUCCAUCUGCCAGAAGCCCUUCAAGCACCUCUCGGAGCUGUCCCGCCAUGAGCGGGUGCAUACCGGGGAGAAGCCCUACAAAUGCAGCCUCUGUGACAAGAGCUUCAGCCAGUCAUCACACCUGGUCCACCACAAGCGCACACACAGUGCUGAGCGGCCCUACAAAUGCACGGUGUGCGAGAAGGCCUUCAAGCACCGUUCCCACCUUGUCCGCCACAUGUAUGCCCACUCGGGCGAGGCGCACCUCUUCCGCUGCAACGUCUGCGAGCUGCACUUCAAGGAGUCCUCAGAGCUGCUGCAGCACGCCUGCACCCCCAGUGGCGAGCGGCCCUUCCGCUGUGGCGCCUGCCACAAGGCAUUCCGGCGGCCCUCAGACCUCCGGCAGCACGAGCGCACGCACAGCACGGAGCGUCCCUUCCAGUGUGACCUCUGCCAAAUGAGUUUCAAGCAGCAGUACGCGUUAAUGCGCCACCGCCGCACGCACAAGACGGUGGGUGCCUCGACUUCCACGGAGCAAGAGGCACAGGCGCCCCCAUUCAAGUGCUCCUUGUGCGAGAAGGGCUUUGUGCAGCCUGCUCACCUGCUCUACCAUCAGCAUGUCCACGGCAUUGAGAACCUCUUCAAGUGCAACGCCUGCCAGAAGGGCUUCAGCCAGUCCUCGGAGCUGCUGCGCCACCGCUGCGUCCAGAGCGCAGAGCGGCCAUUCAAGUGUGCCGUUUGCAGCAAGGCCUACAAGCGUGCUUCGGCCCUCCAGAAACACCAGUUGUCCUCCCAUUGUGCGGAGAAACCCCUCCGCUGCACCCUGUGCGAGCGGCGCUUUUUCUCUUCAUCGGAAUUUGUGCAGCAUCGUUGCGACCCUACCCGCGAGCGGCCCCUGAAGUGCCCGGACUGCCAGAAACGCUUCAAGUACGCCUCUGACUUGCAGCGCCACCGGCGAGUUCACACUGGGGAGAAGCCCUAUAAGUGCCCAGCUUGCGAGAAGGCCUUCAAGCAGCGGGAGCACCUGAACAAGCACCACGGGGUCCACACCCGGGAGCAGCACUAUAAGUGCAUGUGGUGCGGCGAGCGCUUCCUGGAUCUGGGCCUGUUGCAGGAGCACAGUGCACAGCACACGUCUGCCGAGAACACCUACCCGGUUGCACCCUGCCUGCCUUGACCAGCUGCCUUCGGUGGAGGAUGGGUUAGACCAGAUUUCCAUCCCUCCAUCCCUGUUUUACUCCUGGGCUGAAGGGCAGACCUCACCAGAGACUUCAUAUCUUCGGGAAACACG